AUGUCAGGCAUUGGAACGGCGGCGAGCAGUCGCAAUUUGAGUCUGACAGAAGAGCUCGAGAGGCUUGAACAGUCGAUUACCUUGACGCUGCAAGGCAUCAAGGCGCAUCGCAUUGUGACAUCAAGCAUUCUGCCCGUCGUCGACCAGUACGCUCAGCACUCCCGUGAUGUCUGGGAAGGCUCUCGCUUCUGGAAGCAGUUCUUCGAGGCAUCGGCCAAUGUCUCCCUCUCAGGCUACCAGGAAGGCGCACUAGAAGAGGACGCGAGCCACAAUGAUACAACUGCCCAAGACACAAGUUACGACGAACCAUCUGCCGACGACGUCGCUGAGAGGACCAUAACUCCCACCGGCCAGGACUAUGCUCAUGACUACACCCAAGACGAUGAGACGUCCAUCAUCGACUCUCCUUCCAACGCCACUGGUGUCCACAGCACUCCGCAGAUCAGGACCAAGACCAACCACUUUGCUUCUCCCUCGCCAAUCAAGCCAUCGUCGGCUCAAAUCAAUACUCCGAUGCGCGACGACUCAAACUUGCACUCGUCGUCUCCCUUCGAGCCCCCCUCAGCAUACCAACCUUCCACAGCUCAACGCCAACAGAAUCCCGAUCCUCUGAUGCACCGUAUCAUGGACCGUAACUUCCGUAUCCAGGCCACUCCACACACUGCUCGCAAACAAGCCCGUCCUGCGACCACCGACACCCCUGCAACUCAGACACAGACACGCACCCGCGACUUGUUUGCUGACAGCAGUCCCAUGAGCAGUCCCGAAAUGGCUGCUCCUCAACUCCGCUCCGAUCUGUUUUCUCCCCAAAAGUCGCCGAGAAAAGCACUACAAGCUCCACACACUCCUGGUAUCUCUGUUCAAACCCCUGCCCGUGACCUCAUGACGAGCACCGGUCGCGCCUUGUUCACCGACUCCAAAGAUAAAACCUCUCGCACACUCUGGGAUCAAGAAUCCGACAGCGACGAUGACUUUAGUAUCAGUCCUCCCAAGACUAUGCAGUUCCACAUCCCUCAAUCUCGCCUUAUGCAGACCCCGGCGCGAGAGGCGAGCAGGAUUAUUGUCGAUGACUUGUUAGCCACUGCUGGCGCCGACCGUACAGAGUCUAUCGAAGGUGAUAGUGUCCCUGAUAUUAGCCCUAGUCUGGUCAGGCGCAAGUGGGACGACGACGACGACACUUUUUGA